AUGUUACAAGUCACCGCCGGGAUACAGCAAGAUACUGUGAUUCGUAGCUCACAGGGAGGAAAGAGGCCCACUGAAAAGACAAUCUUCAUCAUCUUCAUGCUGGUAGUUGCAUGUGUUUCUUUGGUCCUCAACCUGCUGGAGAUCUACCACCUGGGCUGGAAGAAAGUCAAGCAGGGGGUCAGUAAUGAGUGUGUUCCUGACACUGAGUCACUGCUGGGUGCAGAUGAGCCUGGAGAUGCAGAGACGAUUCCUGAGCUGACCUUUCCGUCAGCUCUCGACUGCUUGCCAGGGUAUGCUAAUAUGGGUAGCAGAGCAACCGGGGGAGGAGCUUACAAUCCAACUGAGGCCUCCCCUACAGUAAUCUCCUCAAACCCUAACUUGGCCACUGCCCCAGCGCCUGUGGGACUCAAGAUGGAUGGCGCUGCUUUCCAUCAAGAUGACUUCCUUUUGGAGGUGCUGCCUGCUUCUUUUUAUGGUAACGGUGAGAAAAUGAUUGUUGGAAGCCAUGGACACCCAGCGGAGAUGGAGCAGAACUGGAACAACAUGGCUCUGGAGCUCCAAAGUCUGAGUGGAAAAACCUCAUCCUCUUCUUCAUAUCCUCCUCCUCUUCCCUCUAGUCCUGCCUCUGUCUCUUCCUCUUUACCUCAGGAGGAGAUGAUACUUCCACAUGAGAAGCAGCACUCCAUGUUCCCCACACUCCCUCGGAAUACCCCUCUUUCUCCAAUCGCACCAGAGGAAACGGUGGAUGAAGAAACCACCAUGGCCGCAGCACCUUGCAUGGUUCCACAACAUGACUUCACAGUGGUAACCACUGUGGAGAUGCAUCAGCCUCCUUUUGCAGGGACUGAGAUCAGGAAGCCAAGUCGGGCCAGCAGGAGCGUCAGCACACGAGCUCGUCCUGAUGAUCUGGAAGUGUAGCUAAAAUGUACACACACUUACUUUUACAUACUGAUGCAUACAUACUCUACACAUAGAGAGUCCAUAUAUAAGUAUGCAAUUUUUCCACAUAUGC